CUCAGCAAAGUUGAUUCUGUUGUUGAAUGUCUGCGUAAUAGAGAACAAACCUGUGUGGUAUAUAAAGAAUACAACAGCAUUUCCAUCCAGCAUACACACCAAGUUACUACCGAGAGUCAUACCGUAUAAUACGAAAGCGUGACACUGAAUAAAUAGCAUUUCAAACAGUUUUCAGCUUGUGAGUCGAUCUGUGGUUCCUGUCAUUUUCAAGGACACUUCUAAUCUAUUGACAAUUGGCUAGCAUCAACUAUCAUCAAGAAAACUCGAAAAUGUCUAUGGUGGUGAAAGCUUUCCUGGAAAAGGCUGGAAAUCCCAAGGCCGAGAUCCGUCGGUUUACUAUCCCCAGCGAUGUCACUUCCAGUUACAUCUACAUACACAAGAAAAUAUCCGAAGUGUUUCCUGGUCUUCUGAGACAAAACUUCGGUCUCUAUUGGAAAGACCAAGAAGGAGAUCUGGUUGCGUUUUCCUCCGAUGAAGAACUGUUGGAUGCAUUAGGCUUUGUUAAUGACUCAGUCUUGAGGAUAUAUAUCAAGGAAAAAGACAGUGGCCCCAAACUACUUCACCCAGGUGUUGUCUGUGAUGGAUGUGAUGGUGGUGUCUAUGGCGUACGCUAUAAAUGCUUUGAGUGUGCCGACUAUGACUUGUGCAGUGAUUGUGAAGCCAAAGGGCUUCACCCAGAGCAUGAAAUGUGUAAGAUUCCCACUCCAAGACCUAGUGGCAAUGGGAAAAUGCCGUUUGUCCCACCACCUCACCUGCGUCGAUGGAUGAAGCGAUUUAUGAACCGUUGGCACAACAAUAAUGGCUGCCCUUGGACUGAGGGUGCUGCCCCACCAAGUGAUCAGAGCAACAAGACCGAGGCAGGUGAAGGGUCUAAAGAGGGAGCCCCAGACAACAAGGAGCAGGAGGAGCAGGAGAACUCCACCCCAGAGGAAGAUUUCCUCUUCAAUAUUGGUGCCGAUGUCAAGGAAAUGCUUGAUCCUUUCGGAAUUGAUGUUGACAUUGACAUCGAGCACAAUGGACGUCGCCAUGGUUGCCAUAAACAAUUUGGAAAGGGUUUCAGGGGUCAUGGAUGUUUCAGAGGAUUUCCACCACAUGGUCCUGGGCAUCAUGGACCUGGACAUCAUGGACCUGGGCAUCAUGGACCCUGGCAUCAUGGAUGGGGGCAAGGAGGAGGAUGUCCUAUGAAUUUUGAGCAAGCGACUGCUCCGGCUGAUAAGGAACAAACCACCACACAGUCUGACCAGACACAAGAACCAACCAAGGAUGCCAACACUCCAAAGGAAUCCAGCUCAGCUGCAUCGGAGCCAAUGAAUGUUGGUGUGGAUGGCAAUCUUGAGACUGAUGGAGGACCCAAGGUUGUGACAAAGCCGGCCAAUGGCAGUGAUGAUGAGUGGACACUGCUCAUGGAGGCUGCAAGGGAGGGCUCCCCUCCAUCUGCCCCAGUCCAAGAACCAACACUGAUGCAUCCAGAUCCUAAAAUCAAUGAGGCUCUGCACCAGAUGCUGUCCAUGGGUUUCACUAAUGAUGGCGGUUGGCUGACUCAGCUGCUGGAGACGAAGAAUGGCGAAAUCAGCCAAGUGCUUGACUCCAUCAAGCCACAGAGAAGUCUUGAUGGAAACUUUCAUGCCUGAGCAAGACUCAGAGACGGAGAGACUCUUUAUUUACACGACUUUAUGCUUGUUAGAUAGCUCAGUGUAAUUCUGUUACUUCUAGAAACAGCAUGUCUGUUUAACAUUUGUUGUGUCAUCUGUAGCUUUUGUCAGUAACUUUUAAUACAGAUUUUUUAUGGCCAAAAUUUGAAUUUGUUGAAUUGAUGUAUGGAACUUGAAUAUUUUUAAAUCUUAUUUGUUUUGGGUAUCAAACAGAUUUUUAGAUUAGAUUAUUAAAGCAUCUUCAGAUUUUUAUGAGAAGUUAAUUUAUGGAUUUUACAAUUACUGUUGUUUUGUUUUUUUGACCAAAAUACAUUGUGAAAUCUUUUCAACAUUGAUAUCUUUAUAGAUGAAAAAUCUUGUUCCCAGUUUUCAGUUUAAUAUUUUAUUGUUAGGUUUUUUGGCUCUAAAAAUUAACCACAAGCUUAUUUUUAAGUUGUAAUUGAUUUAACAUAAAUAAUAUAUGAGCUAACUUCUUAAUCUUGAGUAUGGGGAAUGAUAAAUAUUACUAGUAUAAUUUAUAACUGAUUUUUGUCUUUGACCAGUUAUUUUGUAUUAAUAAUUUGUUUAAAGUAGAGUAGUACACAAUUAUACUAUGUGUAAUUGAAAAUAUUUUAUUUAUUUUACAUAUACAUGUAUAUGUAUGUAGUACAUAAUAUAUUUGCUUGAAAAUUAAUAUUUAUGGUGGUUUCAGUUUUAUUAAUUUGGUGAUGCUUUUUUGGCUAACUUUUGAAACAUUAGUUACAUGUUUCUCACAAUAUUAUAUUUAAUAAGAUUUGAAAGACUUUAAUGAAUGGGUUUCAAAAUUAUAUCAAAUGGUACAACUGUUUUUCAACAGAUUUCCACAGUAAUGGUGUAUAAUGGUAUAUUAAUGGGUUUCCUAAUUAAUUAUAUCGGACAGUACAACUUUUUUGAACAGACUUCUACAGUAAUGGUGUAUAAUGGUAUUUGACAUCUAAUGCUACAGUAUAUUUUCUGUGUUAACAGUUUUUACUUUUGUCCACAUUGUUUUGUAAGGUUGAGUCCUGCAGUAUUUAUAAUCUAAAUCAUCUAAGCAGUGUGUUUACUUGGUUUACAUUGGAUUUCUAGCUUUAGAAAACUCUUGUUGGGAUUGUAAUCAAUAAAAAAAAUGUGCUUAA